UAGAGAACUAAUUGGAAAGUUCCAGAGGCAUUUUCAGCUUUCCCUCUUAGCUUUCCCUCUCAACUUUCCGUCUCAACUUUCCCUCUCAUCCCUUUCUCUCUCGAUCAUAAACCACUAUCAUCGAGCCAUUCUCAACUUUCCCUCUCAUCUCUUUCUCUCUCGAUCAUAAACCAUUAUCAUCGAGCCAUUCUUCAUUGUCUCUUCUCGUCAUUUUCAUAUUCUCAUCGAGCCAUUAUUCUGGAGCAUUUCCCCUCCAUCAUCUGGAAUCUUAAGUGAAAACAUAGUUUGGACUCCUUAAAGCUUCCUCCACGAGUAAAUGCAAAAGAAUGUAAGAACAACAGUGAACAAUGAGACGACGAUAGAUUCGAUGAAGGACCUUAGGAAGAGAACUCGAAAGAGGAGGAAUGCGUCUGGGAAACCCUAGGUUCGUGAUGGUACUCUAGGAGCGGGAAGGAUUCGAAGCAGAGUGAAAAAUAGGAAGAUUGUUCGGUGAGAAAUAUGAUUUAGGUCGCGUGUUCGGUGGAAAAGGAAGAUUCAACGGCUGAAUCGGUGAAACGGUGCCAAAAUGAGGAUGUAAUCGGUGGAUUCGGUGGAGAAGGUUGUAACGAGGAUGAAUCAAGUCGCAAGAUGUGAUUCGGUGAUGUGAAUCACGGAGAUGAAGGCUCUGUGAGAGUGAUUAGGUGAGGAGAUUCACGAGCUCGAGAAAAAGCUAGGUUUGGCUUUUCUGGUUCUACUCCAUUCAUUUCAAUUCCAUUUCUAAUUUCAUAUAAAAAAUAGAAACACACUCUUUUUCAUUUCAUUUCUCUUCUGCAAUAUUCAUUGCCCGCUGAAACCCUUCAUUUUCCCCAAGUGGUGGAUCAGUUUCCGGGAAUUCCUCGCCAAUUAAGGAUUGUUGUGUGCAAAUAUAAGGUUGUGAGAUGGAGGAUGGUGAGAAACCCACGGGUAAUUCGCAUGACAUUUCUGAUAUGGAUGUUGUUGAAGCAGCUUGCAUAGCCAACGUGUGUCAUCUUCCCCUAUUGACAUUUCUCCUACUUAGCAAUAGCAGGAUUAAUUGUAUUCUUCUGUCUUUGAUAAUUUUAAAUGUAUAUAAAUGUAUAUAAACUCCUGUUCGGUAAAGGUCUUUAACUUCUUUAGAUUCAUUUUGACUUCUGUUAAUAACAUCUUGUUCAUCACCUUUAUUUUUCAUUUUUAACAGGAAGUUAGUAUGAAAAGUGGAAAGGCAUCAAUUAUGCCGGUUGAUGAAUAUUGCUCGUGUAAUUUGAUUAUUGUUUAACUGGUACAUUGAAUUCUUUGUCACAACAUCAUCUUCUUUUAAACAAAGCUGGUAGACUAAUUAUAUGGUUAAUAAUUUGUGUUAAUCAAGCUUGUGGUUAAACCUGCUUUGUAACAAANCCAAGGCUGAAGAACUCAGGGUAUUUAUUUUUCUCCUUUCGUUAUAUAUCAUGGAAUUUGUUAUUCUACAUCAGCGAGUGUGUGGUGGUGAAUAAGAAAUGACGUCCUGUUCAAAAUGGAAGAAAACCAAGGGAGGUUUUUAUUAGAUUAACCAAACAUUAGUAAUAGAGAAAAGAAGUCUUCUGCUUUACUAUAUCUUGGUGGUUCUGUUUUCUCUCUGGAUUUGUACUAGUGAACUAUGUAUGUGCUGAGGUUUCUUUCCACUGUUUGGUGUUUUUCUGUUGCUUCACAGGUUCAUGUACAAGCAAUUGGAGGUCUGCCUGAUUUCUGUAAGGAUACACCUGAGAAUAUAGGGAAGAUGGUUGAUAUACUUGUGCAAAUUCUUGGCUCUGAAGAAUUUGUGGAGCGUGAUGCUGUGCAUAAGGCUCUGAUCUCAUCGUUGAGGCAGGAUGUCAAAGGUUGACUUAAGUGUGAGGGAAAAGAUAUUGACUUUAAUUGAUACAUGGCAAGAAGCUUUUNGUAGACCAAAUGGAAGGUAUAUGGGAAACUCUUUGAAGGCUGUGUGAACUUGGAUGGUUAGGUUACUCUAUUUUCUAGAGGCAAAAUAAAUCAUAGUUGAAACUAGAGAUACUCUUUUUUACUUUUUUCUGGUGAAGAUUUAAUUUUUUGUGGAAAGUUCUUCUACUUGAUAUGGUUCUUGUAAGCUUGUUGUCUAUAGCAUGGAUAGUUCUUUAUAGGUUAUGCGAGAUCUAUUAAUUUGGUUCUUUUAAUGAAUACCAAGCUUGGACGCAAGUCCAAGUGCACCAGAAGAUUAACGGAAACCAUAAAGGAAGAAAGAAAGAAGUUAUCACCAAUAUCAAGUCAUAAGGUAGACAGGGACAAUUUAAAGUAUUAUAGGAAAUAGCGCUAAUCAUGUUGGGCCAUAUUUUUCAAUGUAUUAAAUUAGUGUUAUGCCAUGUAAGGAAAGAAAACUUUUGGAAGUUACAUGAUCUUUUUCCCAGUUAGUGAGGCAUGCAGGGUAGUGGGUGAGUGGGUUCUUUUCUAGCAUUCUUUGGCUUUGGUUAAGCUUUUUUGCCCAUGAUCUAGUGUUCAUUAUACACAAAUACUUGGAAGAAGGAUGUUAAGCCUAGAGAUAUUGAAGAUGCUAUCAAUCAAGGAGCUGUAGGAAAACCUAGAGAUAUUCAAAGUCAUUAUACAUAUUUUACUUACUGUUUGUGAUAUUAAACCUGAAGUUCCUCUUUAGAUGCAAGUCAAUUUCCUUUGGUUUAAUUUUGAUUUUUAAUUUUAGGUAAUGAAAAAUCUUU